AUGCUGAAGCUGUUCGGCGUCCUGGUUAUCGUCGGACUGGCUCUGGCGUGCCUCACCUCUUGGGUGCUGGACAGCUACGACACGGCUUGGCACCCGAAACGGAGCGUUCGGAACAGGGACGAGAGCGACCGGGGAAGCUCUCCCCCAUUUCCCGGGGACCAGCUGAAUAACAUAUUUUGGUUUGUACAGGUGUCCGACAUCCACAUCAGCCGCUUCCGUGACCCAAGACGAAUCCCUGACUUUGAAAAGUUUUGCACUGACACCAUCGACGUGAUCAAGCCGUCACUUGUGCUUGUGACAGGGGACCUGACCGAUGCUAAGACGGAAAGCAAGGUGGGCUCCCUCCAGCACGAAGUGGAAUGGCAGGCUUACCACAACAUCUUAAAGAGGUCUGGUGUGAUGGAGCGCACACGUUGGAUUGACAUUCGUGGAAAUCAUGAUGCCUUCAACAUCAUGUCGUUGGACAGUGUUAACAACUAUUACCGGAAAUACUCAGCCAAUCAGAAGGUGGGCUCUUUCCAUUACGUGCACACCACGGCCUUUGGAAAUUACUCCUUCGUGUGCGCCGACGCCACACUGACGCCGGGACCCAAGAGACCGUACAAUUUUUUCGGGAUUCUCAAUCAGACUCAGAUGGACAUGCUGGACGCGUUCAGAGCGGAGAGUCUCAAAAGCAACCAGUCGGUCUGGUUUGGCCACUACACCACCUCCACUAUUGUGUCGCCAUCACCGGGCGUGCGGGAGCUGAUGAGAUCAGCCGUGGCCUACCUGUGUGGCCACUUGCAUACGUUGGGCGGCCUGAUGCCCAUCUUACACAGCCGGCAUCCCCGUGGCACUCUGGAACUAGAGCUUGGUGACUGGAUGGACAACCGCAGGUACAGGGUUCUGGCUUUUGACCACGAUCUCCUGAGUUUCUCUGACCUGAGGUUUGAAGGGUGGCCGGCAGUGCUCAUCACCAAUCCCAAGGACGCGCAGUACUUGCAUCCCGGUGUGGAAUCAUUGGCCCGCAUACAGAGUUCCACACACAUCAGGAUCCUGGCCUUUUCGGAUGCCGAAAUCACGGCAGUGCGCGUCAGCGUGGACGGUGUUGCUUUGGGCGAAUGCCGCUCAGCUGGAGGCCCCCUUUAUGUGAUGCCGUGGGACCCAUCACGAUACCUCACAGGGCUGCACAUCAUCCGAGUACAGGUGGAGGACUCGUUGCACCGGCAGAGCACACGGGAGCACCACUUCACGCUGGACAAGAACGGCGUGACCCCGAGCUUCAGCUUCGCUCAGUCCUUCAUCCUUUUAACGGAUCACUAUGUAGUGGGCCGGGCAGCCUUCGCUAUCACCAUUCUGCUCAACUUGGGUUUGCUGCUGUCCUUCAGGUUCAUACGCCACACCCCCGCUGGCCGAGGAGGGUGGUCCUCGCAAGCUUGCCUGUCGCUGCGGUUGGUCAGUAAAGUGGACUCCUUUUUCUACCCCUUGCUGGUCUUCAACAUGUGCACGGCCUUGGGCCCGUGGUUUAUCGGAGAGCUGAUUGACGGCCACAGUGGCGCCUGUUUUGCCUUCGGAGUGUUUAUCGACGGCCACUUCCUGGAGGGGAGCCUCACUUACGUGGUGGGCGUCACUCAGUUGCUGUUCUUCAACAUCCCGCUGACCUUGUACCUGUGCUGGAGCCUCCACCAGCGCUGCCGCGGCAACACCUUGCGCUCGUUGCUGCUGCGUCCGGGCUGCCGCUGGCGGUGCCUGACGGUGCAUCUACUCAUGCUGCUACUAUUGGCCUGGCAGGCGCACUCGUGCUACUUCCUGCUGGAGACGUACGGCAUUUUGGCCUUUCUUCUGUCGCCGGUGCGUAUGUGGGCACUGGGACUGGGCCUGAUUCUGGUCUACCACGCAUGGACCUGCCCCGUGCCAACCUGGAGCUCGGUGGCGGGAGGCGGCAACGGCAAGAUCUCAACGUCAUCCUGA